AAGGCCCCUUGGAGCUUUCUCUCUUUCUUCUCCCACACAAUCUUCUCUAGCAACUUGAAAUGUAACACAGCACGGGCGAUUCAUAAGAAGAGGAAGAAGAAGAUCAGACGGCGGCUUCAACUAUGGCGGGUCUCCACAAAUUCAAGCUGUUCGCCGCCGCUCACUGCGGCUUGGAAGCGGCGGCCUCCGUCGCCGGGAGUCCCGUACUCAGUCCGACGAAGAGUCCUGUCUUCCAUCUCCGGCGACGCAAAACCUUAAGGAUGUUGUUCGAUCGUACCUCCGACGACCGCGGGCGUGAUCUCCGGAAAAUCCUCGACGAAUCGCCGGAAUCGGAUCGGAAAUCCGAGAAGAGCAAGAGAGAGAUCAAUCGCAGGAGGCGUAAGUUAAAGGAACUAAUGGUGACAUCGGCGUCGCCUCCAUUCGAAGACAGAGAGAAGAGAUGCGGAGACGAAGAAGAGAGGAGAGAGAUGUUCGGAGCGCCGGCGAGCUCCGGCGUCGAGGUGGUGACCGGGAGAACCGGUUCAAUCAGAGGAUUCCGGAAAGGCGCGUGGAAAGGCAAAAUUAUGAAAAUGAAAGCGAGGAGACAACAACAUAUGCUUCAUGCGAAAAGAAAUUAA